CGCAUUUCAUUUAACAUUAGUCAGUUGAACGAUUAGCUACAGCAGCGUUUCAGUUCGGGUCAAUUUCGGAUCAAAUUACGUUGUUGCCGGUCCCGCGAAACGUACACACGUUGUGACAUUUCCACGUGCACUUGGAAAUUCGCGUUCCUUUUGUGUGUACGAGAACAGAUUCAGGGAUGAUGUACAAUCGAACGAGUGCAACGUUGAUGCUGCAGACCAUCAUGCUCUUGAUGAAGAAGCAAAAUUCGACGGAUGUUACUAAUUUCCCAGCAGGAUUUAGUGAUGAUAUGGAACUGGAGCGAUGUUAUGACAUCUACGGAUGUUUUUCUAAAGCCUACCCGUGGACGGAGCACAGACCCGAUAAUUACUUCCCUGCAUCUGUCGAGUCAAUGGCAAUACGGUAUCCAACUUUUACUCGCCGGAACCGAAAAAUACCAGUGUUGCUUCAUGCCGAUAAUACGGACAGAAUACAAAAUGCCAAUCUUGAUGCCAAUGGACCGUUUUACUUCAUAUCGCACGGCUUCUUGGAAGGAGGUCACAAGAAAUGGAUUGAAAAUCUAGCAAAUGCCCUCUUAGACAUUGACGGUAACGAAUCAGCCACAGUGAUCAUAGUUGACUGGCGUGGGGGUUCCCAACCUCCGUAUGGACAAGCGGUUGCUAAUAUUAGAUUGGUCGGAGUUAUGACCGCCCACUUGAUACACAAUAUUUAUGAAGUUUUGCAGCUGCCCCAUAUAGAUAAUUUCCAUUUCAUUGGUCAUUCACUCGGCGCCCAUUUAGGCGGUUAUUGUGGCCACGAAUUGCAGAAGAAGUUCAAUUUGAAACUAGGACGAAUAACUGGUUUGGAUCCGGCCGCCCCGUACUUCAGCAGGACGGUGACUUUGGUUCGCUUGGACAGAUCUGAUGCUAAAUAUGUCGAUAUCAUUCACAGCAACGCGAUGCCUCUUUAUUUCUCAGGUUUCGGAAUAUCAGAACCGAUAGGCCACGUCGAUUUCUAUCCAAAUGGCGGUUCGACCCAGCCCGGUUGCAAGCAAUCUGACUCGCCCAACCAAAGCGCUUCGUACCAACAAGUCGUCAAGUACGUAGGCUGCAACCACGAAAGGAGCCACGAGUACUUCACGGAGAGUAUUGCACCCACGUGCCCCUUCAUGGCGAUACAAUGUGAAUCUCAUGAAGCUUUCCUAGCUGGCAAUUGCACAAACUGCGACAACAAACACUUCUGUAUACCAAUGGGAUAUCACUCGUAUGACUUAUACAAACAUCUUCAAAUAGGCGGGCUCGUCGAUACGAAUACUAAUAUAGCUCUUUAUUCGCUAACCGGCAACGCGAAACCUUAUUGCAAAGUACAUUACAAAGUCGUUUUGAAAGUAGCGAAUUCGACGGAGAGUAAGAAUCACGGACCGGAAUCCGGUAAGGUAACGAUCACUUUGGUGGACAGAAACAAUAAUAAAACCGAUCGGAGAUCCCUCAAUCCGGAACAAAAAUAUUACAAGCCCGGAGAAAUUGAAACGAAAAUGCUGGCUUUCCAAGAUGCCGGUAACCCCCCUCUGUACGUAAUAGUUGAAUGGAAGUACGAAGCCUCAUUAUUCAACCCAAUGACGUGGAGAUUAAUAAAAUCCCCAAGUAUUUUCAUCGAAUAUAUAAAACUUUCGUCGAUCGAAUACAAUACUGAAAUAACGGUAUGCCCAAAAAUGAAAAAACCUGUCGUCAACAAUCUGCCAACGGUCAUGAAAACGAAAUACUGCAAGUUCUAAGAAAAUUAAAUGAACCACAUUACAAUAGCAAUGCAAUUGUUAAUUUAUUAAGUCUACGAAAAGUAUUCUUUUAGUAUUCUAUCAAUUAGAUUUAAGCACAUGUUGGAUAUUUGAAUUGUUAAGGAAAUUAAUACGUCAUUUAAUAUUUAGAUUACUUUAUUAAAGUGUAA